AUGUCAUUUGAAGAAUACAAGAUCCAGGGCAACCAUUGCUACCAAACCGGCGAUCUGGAGACCUCGCUGCAAUGCUACAAUAAAUGCAUACGCAUAGAGCCCACCAAUCCUGUUGCCUAUGCGAACAAAGCAAUGGCCCUACUGAAACUACAUCGCUACCAAGAUGCUCUUGCAGCAUGCCACCUGGGGCUCAAGCUCAAGGGACCGGAGAAAAUCCGUGACAAGCUGCUCUACAGAGUGAAACUCGCUCAGUCGCACCUCUCAAGUGAAGCUAAAUACGUAGAAGUUUCCAUCGACGAAGUCACUACGCUGCCCCUAGAGUUCAGGGGUCUAUAA